AAUAUUAGUUCUUCUUCUUCAAUUGAGCAGCGUGCAUAAUUUUAAUAAACUUGUUAUUUAUUUGUUUACAUUAAAUAAUAUUGUGUGAAUAGUUUUGCAAUGAUUGAAUUUUCAUUCUGCGAUAUGUUAAUUUAAGCAAAUUUCGUACGUUUAAUACAUAUGUAUUGAAAUUAAGAAGUAAUACAAUUUUUUCUUAAUAAUAAACAACAAAGGCAUUUAGAACUUCUGACAUCUGCGUCUUACAGUGUGUCUAACCAUUUUUCUUUCCAAUGCAUUACAAAGAGGCGAGAUUGUUUUGGAUAAAUAAUUUAAAUUGACAUUGGAGCUUUUAAGGAGUUAAUUAAAUCAGGCGAUAUUUUACUGCUGAGCGAGCGUGUAUGAAUUGUUUAUUUUUUACGUAAUACAAGACAUUCAAACUCCCUAAUAGCUGUAGAGGGGGUAGAAAUUAAAGCUGUAACUAUCAAUACCCAAUAUUAGAGUUUGACAUUUGGAUGGGAUAAUCUUGUCGUGAUUUAAUUUGCUUCAACUUGAUUAUUUGCUAAUUUUGGAAGUACAUACUUUUGUUAAUUGACUCGUAAUAUAUGGCUUCUAAUGCUAAAAUUGGAGAAAUUGUGCUUGUAAUCGCCGUGUCCAUAUUUUUGUAUUAUUUUUUCUGGGUAUCAAUUUUGCCAUUUAUGCUUAUAGACGAAGGUAACUUGAUACAUUCGUUCUUUCCUCCAUUGGAGUACGCUUUUAUAUUGCCUGCCGUAUUUGGUGUAAUAUUUUUGGGUGGAAUUGUCGUCUUCACCCUCUAUCAUAUAUGGGAUUUUAUUAAGACGAAGAACGCAGAUUGAAUAGUCGUCUGAAAACUACAGACAGAAGGAACAAAAGAUUUACAUAUAAAAAAAAAGAAUAAACACAAAACAAGCAUCUCACAAACAACAGACAACGUGUGCUUAAAUAUAUACAUUAAAGUGAUUUACUUGUUGUAGAAAGAAAGAAUAUUAUAU